ACAACACUGACAACAGUGACAACAGUGAAAACAGUUACAACAGUCAGAACAGGAACAAUAGUAACAACAGAGACAGCAGUGACAAUGGUAACAACAUUGACAACAGCAACAACAGUGGCAUCAGUAACAACGGUGACAACAGCGACAACACUCACAACAGUGACAACAGCAACACCAGUGACAACUGUGACAAAAAGCGCAAAGAAGACAACAGCGAUAAGAAGAGUAACAAAAGCAACAACCGUGACAAGAGCAACAAGCGACAGCAGCAAGGACAACAGAGACAGCAGUGACAACAGCCACAACAGUAAUAACUGUGACAACAACGACAAAGGAGACAACAGUGACACCAGUGAUAACAGUUACAACAGCGACAACUGGAACAAUACUGACAUCAGCUACAGCCGUGACAAUGGCGACAAAACAGUGACAACAUUGACAAAAGUGACAACAAUGGCAGCAGUGACAACGGCAACAACAGCGACACCAAUGAAAACAGUUACAACAGCUACAACAGGAACAAUACUGACAACAGCGACAACAGUGACAAAAUUGACAACACCGACAACAGUGGCAGCAGUGACAACGGUGACAACAGCGACAAUAGUGACAACAGGACAACAGUCACAAAAGCGACAACAGCCACAACAGUAUUAACUGUGACAACAACAACAAAGGUGAAACAAGACAACAGUGACAACACCGGCAACAGAAACAACAGUGACACCAGCGACAACACUGACACCAGCGACAACACUGACAACACUGACAACAGCGACAAUAGUGAAAAGAACAACAGCAAUGACAAAAGUGACAACAGCGAUAACAGUGCCAGCAGUGACAUCAGUGACAACAGGGACAACAGUGACAACAGCGACAUCAGCAUUAACAAUUACAACAGAAACAAUAGUGACAACAGUGACAACAGCAAGAAUGUGACAACAGUCAACCGCGACAAGAACCACAAAGGAGACAACAGCGAUAAGAAGAGUGACAACAGCAACAACAGUGACAACAGGGACAACAGCCACAACAGUAAUAACUGUGACAACAACGACAAAGGUGACAACAGUGACGACAGUGGCAACGGCGACAACAAUGACACCAGUGAAAACUGUUACAAAAGCGACAACAGGAAAAAUACUGACAACAUUGACAACAGUGACUGCAGUGACAUCGGCGAUAACCGGGACAACAGCGACAACAUUCACAGCAGUGACAACAGUCACAACAGCGACAACAGUA